AUGAAUGAAUACGAUAUAAAAAUUGAUUUAGAAUUGUGCUCUAUCUACAAUAAUCUUCAAUCAUUUUUAGUUUAUUUGGAUCAAACAAAUGACAUUAACACAUGUUUUGUUUAUUCUCAGAAUUUUUAUCUUUCAUCACUUUUAGAAUAUUUUAUUUCAAAUGGUGCAGAUAUCAAUGCUAAAGACAAAGAUGGAUGGACCCCUCUUCAUCUAGCAGCCAUUAAAAAUAGCAAAGAAACUGCCGAAAUUCUUAUUUCAAAUGGUGCAGAUAUCAAUGCUAAAGACAAAGAUGGGCUUACACCUCUUGUAUAG